AUGGAACGUCGACGUGUCAAGUGCAGGCCACUGGCCACCGUUCUCUUACUAGCUCUCCUCGAUUCCGCUACUGCUAUCCCAUAUACUCCAUCGUCGAUAUUCCUAUCCCCGCAGCACAAUGACUCGCUUGCCUAUAUCUUACGCCCCGACUCCGAUGCGGGCAAGACGCAGUUCCUCUCCCUCAACAUCUCGGAUGUCGAUACGACCAGUCCAUCCUUCAGUACCUUGCUCGAACAGACCCCCUUCCAAAGCACGGAACAAAAUUCGGCCUUUGUCCCCGCCAUCGACGACCGGGGAACCAUUACCGUCUAUACUGGAGACUGUCAUAGUUCAGAUCAAAGAUCAUUAUGGCGGUUCAAACCCGACACUGGCAGCUCCAUUGGCAAUGGAACCUGGGAUCAGAUAUCCAUAAGCCCGGACGACAUAAAGACACAGCCGAACUACCUGGCCGCCGGAUUUGCAUUCGCGACGAGCAAUAACAGCGACACUUCGAUGUACUCAUUUGGUGGGAUGUGUCCAUUCUCAAACAGUACGGAUGAAACCUGGAUAUCGGCUGCAAACUACUCCCAAACGAUGGUAACCCUGGCGCCAAAGUCUAAAGGAAGCAAGGAAUAUGAGGCCGCCAUUACUGGAGAUCGAGCUCCCCCCGUACCCGAAGCGGGCAUGGCGGUUGUUCCGCUGGCGCCUUCGUUUUCGCCGACGGAUGUUCAGCGAGACUUUCUGUUCAUUGGUGGACAUACUCGACAGGCCUUUCUCAACAUGUCUCAACUGGCCAUUUUCUCCGUUCCCCAGGAGAGCUGGAGUUUUGUGGACGUGAAUACGGAAAAUAAGCUACGAACCGAGCUCGCGAUUCGCGAUACUGCUAUCGUGGAGCCGCGAUCUGGUCAUGCCGCUGUACUAUCUGAAGAUGAGAACAAGAUUUACGUGAUUGGAGGUUGGGUUGGAGAUACAUCUACACCAGCCGAGCCACAAUUCGCCGUUCUCGAGCUUGGGGCGGGAUAUGGCGGCUCCAACGAAUGGACUUGGAAGAUCCCGUCUUCAACUACUACUUCCGAAGAGCUGGGCAUUGCUGAUGGAGCCGGGUUGUUUGGACACUCUGCAGCUUUACUUCCCGGCAAUGUUCUUAUGAUCGCCGGAGGAUACAGUAUUCCAAAACAAUCCUCCAAGCGUGCAACCUCAUCGCAACACAACUCUCAAAUCUACCUUUACAACGUUACUUCAAGCAGCUGGGUGAAAUCCUACUCAAACCCCUCUACCUCCCAAACAGCUUCAUCAGCUUCACCAGUGAGCUCGAAAUCCCACGGCGGCGGUCUCUCCUCCGGCCAGAAAGCUGGCUUGGGGGUCGGGUUGGGAAUAGGGAUCCCCAUAAUUCUCCUGAUCGCACUCUGUGCUUGGAAAUAUGACCGCAAACGUCGAGUCAAAGGGCAACGAGACUCGCAACUCCGCGAACUCGCCCUGGGAGCCGAAAGAGCUCAUUUCUGGGGCCGCGAUGAUCCCAACCAAGCGAGCAGUAUUCGCAGUUCCCAAAUGAGCGAGAGACACGACAGUGGUGUUGCAUACUCGUGGUCAGGAAAUGAAAGCCUCAGAUCAAAGCCUUCUUGGAAGCCGCGAGAUCAAACCGACGCUACUGCAGAGCAGACUGGUUUGCUUAUGGAUUCCAGUCCAACAAAGAACAACCGCCCGAUAGUCGGUCAACAGCGGCCUUAUAGCAACAACAGAAUGUCCGGGUGGGCACGCCGUCGAAGCGAAGCCGCCAGUGAUAUCCAUCCCAUCGACGAACGGGAAGAAGACGAGGCCAUUUUCCGAGAACGAUUGAUGUCAACGAUCCCUGCUCAGGAGAGGCCGAAGAUACAUGACCCCGACGACCCAUUCUCCGAUACACCCUUCGCUACUCCGCGCAGCACCAUCUUCGGCGUCGGCUUAGGUCCGUUCUAUACCCGACGCAAGGACGGCGCAUCCGUCGACGAUGCAUCAAAGAGCGACCGGACCUCCACGAAUCUAUCAGACUCAUCAAACUUCUCCUUCUCAUCAGCCAAACCCACCGGCCAGGUGAACCAGGCAAGAGGAGUCGUCGUGGACCGCCCUCUAAGCUGGGCAAGCAGUGGCGGACACUCCAUCACAGCAGCUUCAACGCACAGCAGGGAAACGACAAACAGCGACGCCGACGGAAUGACCGCACAAUCUGAAAAGUCCUACUCAGCAGACUCCUACUCAACAGCCCAAAGCACAUUCUCCCACCGCCAAGCAGAAAACGAAUCCCUCCUCAACGACACUCUCGACACCCCCAUAACCCCCGUCGAAUCAUCUCCCUCCAAACUGGGCCCGGCAUUCAAACCUCGCACUUCAGACUGGAUGCUCCAAACAGUCCGUCGAGCGCUGACAAUCACCCGCCGCGGAACAACCAGCCUAGAAGAAGACGAAUCCGCACCCAUAGCGUCUGGCGUCGACCGCCGAAGCACAGUCAUAGUGUCAAAUCCCCAGUCCGGCGGUGCUAACGGAACAAGUACCCCCCCGUCGCACCAACUCUUCCGCCGCAAGCAGGGCGCUAGAGAUUGGAAUGCGAAGAAACGAAUGUCGGAUGGACACUUUGCUGGUCCGCGCUCCACUCGCGAUGAUCUCUACGUCGGUGCUCCGGGGUAUCUCGGUAACGACGAUACCUGUGACGAGGACUGGGAUGUUGAAGGUGCGGCCGAGGAUCGCAAUGUUCAGAUGACAUAUACCGUUCCGCGCGAGAAACUUCGCGUUGUGAAUGGUAAUGCUAGCGACAAUAUCUCCGAGCGCUCUGUUAGUCGGAGUGCUAGUGCUGGCACGCGGAUUAUUAGUCGGUAG